UGAAGACAGGAAGAGAUUCUUGACAACCUCCAAGAGCGAGCUGUGCACCCAGAGAUUCUUACAAAGCAGCAUCAAAGCGACGCCGACGCGCAGCGCCAGUCAUAGGCGCCGAGGAAUUCCCGGUGUCUCACGAUCACACCCCUCCAUUAUCUAAGACCCACCCCCAUUCGCUCCGCCGAGUUGCUCCAAGGGCCAGUCGAAGGGCCAAGGUACCACCGCAUCGCCUUGCAUCGCCGGGCUGAUAUAUAUCCAUAUAUCCCCCGCCGCCUACCCUCUCACUUCUCUCUGCGACGGGGUAUGCCAUAACAUGGCUACGAACGUACCUCGACCGGGCCCCGCCAACCUGGGGCCCAAUGCCGGACUCGAUGAAUGGCUUGAGGAGGCCAAGCAGUGCCACUAUCUGCCCGAGAGAGCCAUGAAGGAGCUGUGCGAGAAGGUUAAGGAGAUCCUGAUGGAAGAGUCAAACAUUCAGCCAGUCUGCACCCCCGUCACUGUUUGCGGCGACAUCCACGGACAGUUCUACGACCUCCUCGAGCUCUUCCGAGUGUCUGGCGGCAUGCCAGGCGAGACGAACGCGCAGGCCCCGAAGACAGCAACGACCGUCAUCACCUCUGACGAUAUCGAACCGCCCACCGAGAUCACAAACCCUAAGUUGAGGAAGAAGAUAAAGUCUAGUGGCGAUGCACCCAGCAGCAGCGCAGCCGAGGGUGCAGAAGAGCCGGAGGCUGAUGAGACAGAGGAUGAUCCUGAUGCUACGAUGGCUGACCGCUUGGACUCUGGCGUUAGUGUAACCGCAACUCAGAGCCAAAGUGCAGAGACCCGAUACAUUUUCCUGGGAGACUUUGUCGACCGAGGAUACUUCAGCUUGGAGACGUUCACACUACUCAUGUGCCUCAAGGCCAAAUACCCCGAUCGGAUAGUCCUUGUCCGUGGAAACCAUGAGUCGCGACAGAUCACCCAGGUUUAUGGGUUCUACGAGGAGUGCCAGCAGAAAUACGGCAAUGCGUCAGUCUGGAAGGCUUGCUGUCACGUCUUUGACUUCCUUGUCCUUGCUGCCAUCAUUGAUGGUGAGAUCCUCUGUGUCCACGGAGGCCUGAGCCCUGAAAUCAGGACUAUCGACCAGAUCCGUGUCGUCGCGCGAGCUCAAGAGAUUCCUCACGAAGGCGCUUUCUGCGACCUGGUGUGGUCAGACCCAGAAGACGUCGAAACCUGGGCGAUCAGUCCUCGCGGUGCCGGUUGGCUGUUCGGUGACAAGGUGGCGACGGAAUUUAAUCAUGUGAACGGACUGAAGCUGAUUGCGCGAGCGCAUCAACUUGUCAACGAAGGAUACAAGUAUCACUUCCCGGAGAACUCUGUUGUGACGGUUUGGUCGGCUCCCAACUACUGUUAUCGCUGCGGCAACGUCGCAUCCAUCAUGUCUGUGGACAAGGACUUGAACCCCAAGUUUAGUAUCUUCUCGGCUGUGCCCGACGACCAGAGACACGUGCCCACGAACAGAAGGGGACCUGGUGACUACUUCUUGUGAUGAAGGAUGAAAUACACGUAACGGAUGGAUGAUUCGGUGUUGCAUGUAGAAUAGCAUAGGGUCAAGAUACCCAUGGACUUGAGGUGAACUUCAGUGGGAAAUCUGGUUGGGUAGAAACAGUACAAUUGACUUUUGAGCAAAAUGGGGCAAAUGAUCGGGCUUGGGAACCAUGCGGCGUUAAAUGACUC